UUUUGAUGGAGGUAGCUCAGUUUCCUCGAAGGUGGUCAAGCACAAAGGUGCUCUCCUCGCUACGGAGCCUCGAUCUAAGACUGUAACAAAGUGACCGCUCUACUUCUUCGCCUUUCAACGACUGAUUAACCAAACAACAUAGCAACUGUGUUCAGAACCUGUGCACGGAAAGCACAUUAUAAACAAGGAAUCCGGUGUCCUUUGAUUUCACGCUGUCCGACACGAGCACACCUCGUUGAUAAACAAGAUGGCGCAAAUUGUGCGAACAAUUUACGAUGGCUAUCGAGACCUCAUGGAUAACAAGAGCGAUCCGAGGGUCAACGAUUGGUUCCUGAUGAGCAGCCCAUUCCCAACUUUGGGCAUUUGCCUUUUCUACGUCUACUUCGUCAAGGUUUUGGGUCCUAAAAUCAUGGAGAAUCGCAAACCUUUCGAUCUCAGAAGGGUUAUGAUAUUCUACAAUCUCUUCCAGGUGAUAUUCUCUGCGUGGUUGUUCUAUGAGUCCGUGGCGUCUGGAUGGGGAGGACACUAUUCGUUCCGUUGCCAACCGGUGGAUUACUCUAACAAUCCUUUGGCAAUUCGAAUGGUACAUGGUUGCUGGUGGUACUACUUCUCGAAAUUCACCGAGUUCAUGGACACGAUUUUCUUUGUCCUAAGGAAAAAGAACAAUCACAUUUCCACUCUCCAUGUGAUCCACCAUGGCUGCAUGCCAAUGUCGGUCUGGUUCGGCGUCAAAUUCACUCCUGGCGGCCACAGCACGUUCUUCGGCCUGUUGAACACAUUCGUGCACAUCGUUAUGUACUCGUACUACUUGUUGGCCGCUCUUGGACCAUGGAUCCAACCGUAUCUAUGGUGGAAGAAAUACCUGACCGCCCUUCAAAUGGUUCAAUUCGUGCUUGUGAUGGUUCACGCGUUCCAGCUUCUUUUCAUCGAUUGCAAUUACCCGAAAGCGUUCGUCUGGUGGAUCGGUAUGCAUGCCUUCAUGUUCUACUUCCUGUUCCGCGACUUCUACAUCGAGGCAUACAGGAAGAGGAAAUCUACGGUGCAGCUGAAGAAGAAGGAAGAAGAGGAGAGAAAACAGCGAGAAAAGAAUGGCUCGGUGAAACGCAACGAUGCCAAAGAAAACGGCGCGAUUUACGCGAACCAAUACAAAAUGGCCACCGGUUACAUCUCCGACAACGGUCUCAGGAACCGAGUGUUUAUCGACAACAGGGGCUUCAAGGAAUAAUCUCUGGUUAGGAACGGUGACGAAUUCGCGACGAUCAGCCCGGACGAUAUCGCACGCUGAUCGUAUCGAAUCAUUUCGCGAGGACAUUUUGAUGCAACGUUUGGAAAGAGAUGUUCGAGAAGACGGUUCUCGGGUCAAUCGUCCUGCGAAAACGUUUCUUUCACGCUUUCUGUGGGUGUAUCUGUUUCGCGUGUAUGCUUGUAAGUACGUGGCCAUGUGUAAGUAUGUUAACAGUGAGUGAACAAGUAAGUAGUUAUAGCUAGGUAGAGUCCGGGAGAUACGUAGCAGCAUAGCGUGCUCUAGUCCUCGAAAGUCUUUGGAACGUUCUUCGUUGUUUCAUAGAAAUAUGAAAUUUUUGUAUAUACCAGAAAUAAUUCUAUUCUCAAAGAUUGCGAACAAUAUAAACGUUCCUCGAUCAGUGUGCAAAAGAUACAUUGAUGCGUUUCAGAUGUGACGGAUGCCGUGAAUGUUUCUUACAUCCCAAGACUUUCGAGCGAUAACCAGUAGCGGAUUUUGCCUUUCGGGGAUACUGGGAUAGGUUGAAAGAAUAUUUAAAACCCUAUUUGAACGGUAUAAAAGACAAUCGAACGCAACGUUUAAUUAUAAAUUUCGUAUAAAUUCGUUUUCUAUUUAUAUUCGAAAGGGGUUGGGCGUCCGUCACUGGCAAUAGCCAUACACCAGUUGCUACACCUAACUGGUACUUUAAGUUAGAGAUAAGUUAGGGUUGCCAAAUUCUACUGUUUCCUCUAAUGUCAUAAGUUUGGUACUUGUACGUUAGUUGAUAGAAGAAAAGCUCACGAAUUCCGUUGCCGUGUUAGUCGACAACGUUGACAUUGCUCAAAUCGUCGAAGAAAUAAUGAACUCGUCCGUAUUCGCGAGUUUGCUAUUCGUUCUUGCUCGUCCGCGAUUCGCGACGAAUCGUAAUCGAGCCAGCCAGAUUCGUAACGAAUUUAAAUUAAUCGUAGGAUAAGAGGUCGCGAUUAAUCGAAUGAUCGGGUCGAUUGUUUUCGAAUAGGAGGCACAUUUCAACCCUUCGAUUUACGUUUUCGAAAUAAUAAGUACAAUACUGUGUCAUUUAGAAAGGGUAAACUAUUCGAUAACUCGGGAAAAUAUUCAGCUGUCUAGACUAUUUUUAAUUUCUUACUUUAAUACAGCAUUUACGAAUAAAUCUGUAUAGACGUGGGUGGUAGUCAAAAUUUUUUAUUGGUAAUUUGCUACUGUGAUAGUUGCGAAUUGAUUUACGAUCGACUUACAGUAAUGUUAAGCCUCGAUUCGACAAAAUCUCGACCUAAUGUGAUGCGAUAUGACAUUUACAGCGCCGUAUUUAUAAGAAACUUUGUACAAUACGACUCGAUGUAACUAAGAGAGAUAUUUAUUUUACGACGAUUAAAUUGUACAAUUUUUAAUGAA